GCUGCUCAGAUUGUGGUAAAGGUUUCACUACAAAUGGAGAUCUAAAGACACACAUGCGACGUCACACAGGAGAGAAACCUUACAACUGCUCACAGUGUGGUAAAGGUUUCACUAAAAGUCAAAAUCUAAAGAGUGACAUGAGAUUUCACACAGGGGAGAAACCUUUCAGCUGCUCAGAUUGUGGUAAAGGUUUCACUACAAAUGGAGAUCUAAAGAAACACAUGAUAAGUCACAGAGUAGAGAAACCUUUCAGCUGCUCACAGUGUGGUAAAUUUUUCACCCAAAGGGGAAAUCUAAAUAUACACAUGAGAUGUCACACAGGGGAGAAACCUUUCAGCUGCUCAGUUUGUGGUAAAUGUUUCACUAAUAGUCAAUAUCUAAAGAGUCACAUGAGAUUGCACACAGGGGAGAAACCUUUCAGCUGCUCAGUUUGUGGUAAAUGUUUCACUGAAAGUCAAAAUCUAAAGAGUCACAUGAGAUUGCACACAGGGGAGAAACCUUUCAGUUGCUCAGAUUGUGGUAAAUGUUUCAUUGAUAGUAGUGUGCUGAAGAAACACAUGUAUUGUCAUUCAGGGGAGAAACCUUUCAGCUGCUCACAGUGUGGUAAAUGUUUCGCCCAAAGGGGAAAUCUAAAUAUACACAUGAGAUUGCACACAGGGGAGAAACCUUUCAGUUGCUCACAGUGUGGUAAAUGUUUCACUCAAAAUGAUCAUCUAAAGAGACACAUGAGAUUGCACACAGGGGAGAAACCUUUCAGCUGCUCAGAGUGUGGUAAACGUUUCACUAGAAGUAGAGAUGUGAAGAGACACAUGAGAUGUCAUACGCUGUGUAAAUCUAAAAGUCCACAUGAAAACUCAAAUGAGAAUCCCCUUUAACGUCUUUCCCUAAUUUACAUUACCGUUUCCCACGUGAGUUUUGAAUAUCCGUCGCAAAGCUAUAAUGACACAUAUUUGAAGCUACUUUUCAUGUUCACAAUUACAACCAACUAUCUAAGAAUUCCUCACAGGGAUUUAUUGGGACGACACUCUUUUGUUGGGACGACACUCUUGUUUGGUUUUUCCUAUGCUCCCGAGGGUUUUGGGUCAGGAGCCGCAUUUAAGUUUUUGUAUUUUGAAUGAUUUAUAUAUAUUUCUUUCCUCUUUUGUGGAAUCGCAAGUGUGCACCCUCUGUAGGUGGUGACGGCGCCACCCUUUAAACGACCGAAGGACACGCAUGACGGGAGGAAGGCGGGCGCAAAUACCGUCAUUGACCUCAGGGCUGAGGCUGUGAGCGAGGCUGUCUCCGUUUUGGGCCCGUUCAGCUUGUCAUAGUGAUUUUGUUUUGUGACGACCUUUUUUUGUACAAUAAACCGGCAACAUUGAUGGUCAAACUCCCCUUUUCAUUUGAAUUAUUGGACAGAACUGCGAGUCUUGACAUUGCUUUCCAGCUUUCCUCAUGGUGGUAAAAUCAACAAGAACACAGGAAUAGGAUCUAAGGGUUUAAAGGAAAAAACUCAACUGUUUUUGCCACUACACUAUGCUAAGCUAUUAAUUCAUUGGAAAGGUGUAAUCUAAGGCAGUGAUUCUAAACCAUCGGUCCGCGACCGCCACCUAGAAAUAUUUCUACUCUGGGCAAAGAAUUAUUAUAACCGUCUUUACGGAGACAAGUAACAGAGAUAAGCCACGCCCCUUCCAGGCGCACAUAAAGUGGGACAUGAAUGAAACAAAAUAACUAGUUGGGUGAGUAAACAGUGGCGAAAAUCCUCUUGGCAUUUUAAGUGUGAACGUAGCAUAACGCUCUCCACCAAAGCAUUGAAGCCAUCAAAAUUAAAGCGGAUGCCGUCAUCUAACUGACUUGCAACUCUAAAUCUUACUUAAAAGCCAGCUGUCUUUUUCUGUUCCAUGAAGUGUUAGUGUUGUUUUUGCAGGUUUACAUACAGUGAUCAUCACAAGGACAUUUAUUAUUUGUAUCAGGUUUUUGCUUUUUUUAUUUGAUUUAGUCAUUGAAUACAAAUCCAACCUAUAAUUAUAUCAAUUAGUUAAUAUAAAAUAGUGUUAAUAUUUGAACGGGCGCCUGGGCAUAUUUGUACAUUUGGGCCCUGAGUUCAAAAAGGUUAAGAACCCCUUAUCUAAGGCAUGUUUCCCACUGUUAACAUUGUAACAUUACCCAAACUUGUUUGACUGAUUUUUAUGUUCCAUUUGUGUUACUGCAAGCUGUCAUAUUAUCAAUGUAUUAAUGCAUAAAUUUCCGUGAACCAAAUUCUCUUUUGCAUUUUUAAUGUGCAGAAAAAUACCAGAAGGCCUUUUACUGUUUUUCAUGCAUUGAGUUCUUACUCUUGUUUAUAUUGUUUUAACGUUUUUUUAGGAAACUUUUUUUAGGCUUUAGUUUUCCUAUUCAAUCCUCAUAUUGAGUUGCGUACAUAUUUAUAUAUCGAACUAAUACAUCUUUGUGUGUUGAGAAACAAAAAGUAGAAAACAUUGCUGAGCAAGCACAGGUGCAAAAAAGAUAUG